CAUGCAAUAUUAUAUCAUCUUAUGAUAACUUAGGCAAAGCUGAAAGGAAGAAAGGCAAAUGCAAAUGGGGCAUCUCUAUGCCUUGGACUUUGAUGGAGUUAUAUGUGACAGCUGUGGUGAAACAGCUAUCUCUGCUCUCAAGGCUGCCAAGUUGAGAUGGCCUUCCUUGUUUGGUAGUGUGGAUUCAGCCACAGAAGAUUGGAUUGUGGAACAGAUGAUUACAGUGCGGCCUGUGGUGGAAACUGGAUAUGAAACUCUCUUACUUGUGAGGUUGUUGCUUGAGACCAGAGUUCCUUCCAUCAGGAAGUCUUCGGUGGCAGAUGGUCUCACAGUUGAGGACAUAUUGGAGAACUGGCUCAAAUUGAAGCCAGUUAUCAUGGAAGAAUGGAAUGAAAACAGGGAAGAUCUGAUAGAACUUUUUGGAAAGGUCAGAGAUGAUUGGUUGGAGAAGGAUUUCAAUGGUUGGAUUGGGGCCAACAGAUUGUAUCCUGGAACAGCUGAUGCAUUAAGAUUUGCAAGCUCAAGAGUCUACAUUGUCACCACAAAACAGGGCCGUUUUGCUGAUGCUUUACUAAGAGAGCUUGCUGGAGUGACACUACCCCCAGAAAGAAUCUAUGGACUAGGAACUGGUCCUAAGGUGGAAGUGCUAAAGAAGCUUCAAAAAAUGCCAGAACACCAAGGGCUGACAUUACACUUUGUGGAAGACAGACUUGCAACCCUUAAAAAUGUCAUCAAAGAGCCAGAGUUAGAUGGAUGGAACUUGUAUCUAGUGGAUUGGGGGUUCAACACUCAGAAAGAGAGGGAAGAAGCAGCAGCCAACCCCAGGAUUCAGGUUCUUGGGCUCUCUGACUUCAGUAACAAGCUGAAAUAGAAGUCUUACUCCAUUGGAUUGUCAAUCAUUGAAUUAGAUAUUUUCUCCCAUCUGAUUCAUUUAUAAGCAAAGACAAAUUGCUUGUGACUUUCUACUGCCCUUUCUAUUAUAAUUGCAGCAAUUAUGAGAUUUAGAAAUAUGUGCGUCUCAUAUUCAAAAAACAUAUUUUACAUGGCGUAGUCACUCCAGUCAAGGAAUUUCGGUUAUUGAAUGAAAAUUGACGGCAUAUAUUCAAAGAACAUGUUUUAAUUUGUUAACUCGAAAGCUAUCGUCAAAUCUUCAUUUUACAGCUGAGAUCUCUUGACUACGGUGACUGCACAAAAAAUUGAUGACCGGAAGCAAGGAUGUUAAAAAUUCUUAGCAUUGUCUAGCACAAACACAUUCUUUCAAGUUACCAUAGUUAAUGGUAUGGUAGUUUUGCUAGCAA